ACUAACCAUCACACAGGAUUGCACGCUGUGUCGCAGUCUGCCACUGUAGAAGUAGAAGACAAGUACAACACAGCAGCAAUGCUCAUGACGCGCGUAGCAUUCCUUGGCACGGUAGCCACCGCGCUCCGCGCCGGCAGCGCACGGAGAGCGCCGUUCUGGCGGCGGUCCCAGACCACCAUGUCCUUCAGCAUUCAGGACACGGUCGCGGCGUCGGACGUCGUCGUCUUCUCGAAGAGCUGGUGCCCCUUCUGCCAGAAGACGAAGAAGGCGCUCACGCUCGAGGAGAUCCCGUUCACGGCCGUCGAGCUCGACGAGCGCGACGACGGCCAGGACAUCCAGGACGCGCUCGCCGAGAUGACGGGCCAGCGCACCGUGCCCUCGGUCUUCAUCAAGGGCACGCACGUCGGCGGCAACGACGACACGCAGCGGGGCCUGCGCGACGGCUCCGUCCAGCGCAUGCUCGCCGAGAAGGCGUCCUCGUGAGCCUAAGUCUA